GCUCACAAGACAAACGGAUGAGGGGAGCAAGGUCCUCGUUUUCGUGAUGUGAUCAGAAAGUAACUAGGAAGAGAUGGUCUUUUCUGUUGGUCAGACUCAGUUUCUCCUGUCCAAGGAUCCUCAAAUUUAGCACCGUUAACCACCGGCACAAGAUCUAAUGAUUGAACGAUAGCGCCAACGUCGUGACACAAGCUCCACAGAAGAGAUCGAUUUUACAGUCUGAAAAACUGCGCGAUUUUGAGUCGGUAGUGUUGAAUAUUUGGAAUGACUUGAAAUUGCUGCAAAAGCAGCGCAGCCGCAUCGAAUAUGAGUUGCACCUUAGCAAGCACUUCUUGCCUGACAUUUUUAGUAAAGAUCAACUUGAGCAACUUGUCAGACCAGUCGGGGUGACGGAGAGUGCGAGUAAUCUGAUUUUUGACUUUUUCCACUUAUAAUGAAUUACAAACCUGGUUUUGGAGGCAACGUCAUUAGUAGAGGCAUAUUUUUCAUUGUGGUGUAGCUUUACUUUUGACCCAUGCUUUGUUGAAUAGUACGUAGAUGAACCUGAUGAUCUGUAGGAGAACAUAUUUAGGUCUUUGAUAAACACGAAUUUCAUUAUUUUCAAGGAAGCUUUGGACACUUUUCUCAUGUAUUUUGAGAAUAUUCAUUGGAUCGAAAAAUGAAGCGUCAACUGAGUCUGAGACCAUGUCCGCUUACCUGGUGACGUGCACGCUGUUUUCGCAAGGAUUGUGGAGACGCAAGCUUGGGGUCAGAGCGCCAAGACCUUCUUGCACUAGCGUCAAGACUCGCACAUUGCCUCCCACAGCAGGGGACUUCGCGGCGGGGAUCUCAGUAUAGAGGAGCGCAUUUCCAAUCCCAGAGGGCGGCAGAGCGGCUAGACGGCAAGAAAUAUAAGCAAGCACGCGACUACUUGGACUACCAUUGAGCAGCAACAAAACGGGAAUAAGCGACUUGGACUACUCUUUGUUCAACAUAACCAUCCGACAAAGGGUUUACCUACCUGGCAGAAACAAAAGGACACCCGAAUUCUUAUGUACUAAAAACUUAUCUGGAGCUGGAAGAGGAGACACCAACACAGAAAAGAUGCAGCAGCAACUGAGAGAUCAGCAAGUGGCGUCGCUGCGACAGCGAGUGCCACGUAUAAUGCAAAUGUCACCUAACGGCAAUCAGUGGUCUGUGAAUCUGACAGAUCCAAGAGGACAGCUGAUAACGCAGUUGAUGAUAUCGCUUUCACUCCAGUUUCCUAGCGCACCACCAGAUAUUAGGGUACUUUCAUUAAUCACACAUGAUCUGCUAGUGACUGAUUCGCUGAAAAUCAAAAUGGAAAGCAUCUAUAACCUGUUAUUGUUCUCAACAACACUUUCGCAAGCAGCAAUUAAAUUACAUACCAACCGAAGUUUUUCUAAGAGCAGCUUUCUUGCACCAAUCGGCUCGGCUUCUCGAAAGUAGAUUUCUUAUCUUCAAUUUGUGUCUACAAACCGUUGUCAGGUCACGCCUUUGGUUGGUCACCCUUGGAUAGAUCGAGAAGGUGCCAUCAUGGGCCAUCCUCACCUUGGGCGAAAGUGGCAUCCAAGCUUAGAUUUGGGACGCAUAGUUUCGGAGAUUCUCCAAGAAUUUACCAUGCGGCCGCCCCAGCGCUUCAUGCAGCAACAAAUGGGUGGCCCGCAGCAAAUGCAGCCUCAGCAGAUGCAACCUGGGCCGCAACAGAUGGGUCAGCCAAUGUCCCAACAGAUGCAGCAAAUGGGUGGGCCGCAGCAGAUGCAGCCGAUGCCCCAACAGAUGCAGCAAAUGGGCGGACCACAACAGAUGCAGCAAAUGCCCCAACAAAUGCAGCAAAUGGGCAAGCCGCAGCAGAUGCACCCUCAGCAGAUGCAGCAGCAAGUGCAGCCAGGACAGCAGUUUCUGCACCAGCCCCCACCACAACAACAACAACAGCAGCAGCAGCAGCCACCAGCCCCGCCACGUGACCCAGUGGCAGCGCUGGUACCCGACUCUUUCCCAGAGAUCGAAGCACUUAGCGCAGAACAUCUAGAGUACCUGAGCGGCGCAGAUCGCGAGAGCUUUCUCGAGAUCCUCCACGACUUUGAAGUCGUCCAGGCGAAGAAAAGUGUGCUUGUAGAGCUUAUGGAGUCAAACGCCAUAGCCUCAAAAACAAACCUGCAGAUAGAGCCGAGGACGAAGGAGAUGGCCCUCAGGCUGGAAAAAAAGUACCUAGUGGUCUUUCUUGCAGAUGAAUAUGUUGCAAUUACGGUAAAUUAGAUUUUGUAUUUGGAAUCAGAUAAUGAUCGCUCAUACAUAGAUUUAGAUAUAAACAAAAUCGCGUGUUAACCUUCGUGUCAAUUUCACAAAAACCAAACACAGCUUCCAAGCGAUCACGGAGGCGCGUGAUAGUGUGAACUUCCUCGUAAUGCGGCGGGGUGAGGUUGCGAAGAGUCUCGAGGUAAAAGAGCUGCACAGACAGAUGCUCCAGAAGCAUCAUGAGGCCCAAUCUGCGGCAGAAAAGAUCGCGGAAGACCAGAAAUCAGAUCGAAACUACGACAAACGCGCCUACAUAGAAGCACGACAGGUCCAGCAUCGGCUCGCUGCAAAGGCAGACAAACUGCGGGAGUUGCUAGACUGAGCACUCCUUGAAGCAAAGCGUUGAGUUUGAAGCAAUAAUCAGGUAGAAGCGACCGGCGCACCACCUGGUACGCGCAGCUGGCAAUCUGGACGGUUUGCUCUAGCUACAAUAUCAGCAACCCCGCCACCAUGAGCCUUGUUAUCUUUUACUCAAUGACUCGUGCGAUCAUACACUGAUAUUCAUACAUGGAAAUCAUGCUCUCAUAUCUUGGCUUUCGUUGAAGUGAGCUUAUAUCACACCUCGAAAACGUCUGCGUCUACCUCUCCCCUUCUGCCGGCCCCCUCGCAAUCAGCUCCAAUAUCGUGGUUUCACGUAUCAGUCCCACCGCCAUGGCAUACAAAUCACUGACAGAGCGAUCUUCGUCCUGUGUCAACACAGACACAUCAGAAAAAUGGAAUUUUCUCUCUGCCAAAGACUGCAUGCUUAUGACUGGCGUAGCAGCAAUGCAU